UUGUCUUCCCUUGCGUUGAGCGACGUCUGUGUUACGUCACGAUGUCGGAAGUGAAUCCGAACAAAUCGAAGGCGCUGAAAACAAGAAGAUAAAAUGAAAGCAUGAUCACGAAGCUAGCGACCCAACGAGAUAAACUGCGGUUUUCUAUUUCACAAAGGAACAGGUGGUGAGGGGGAGAUGACCAAGGAGGAUGUGCUGAGGGAGUCUUCAGAGGGAGACUCGGUCCUGGGGCGGUACAGCAUUAUUUCCCGUAACUCUGAGAGACCGGUGAUCCAUCAGGUGGCAUCAGCGCCCAUGCCUUCAGACUGCGAGUUCUCGUUCUUUGAUCCGAAUGAUCCUCUGUGUCGGGAGGUUCUGUUGGAUCCUCGGACCACUGUGCCCGAGCUCUUCGCUGUUCUCAGGCAGUGGGUUCCCCAAGUCCAGCGGAAUAUUAGUGUCAUUGGCAACGAGAUUCUGAAGAGAGGCUGUGGUGUCAAUGAUAGAGAUGGUCUUACUGACAUGACUUUGCUUCACUACUGCUGCAAGGCAGGAGCUCCUGGAAUAGGUGACGCUGAGAGUGCAGCCAGUUUUGCCCGUCAGCUGUUGUCGCUGGGAGCCGAGCCGUCUUUACGCAGCCGUUGGACCAACAUGAACGCUCUCCACUACGCCGCGUAUUUCGACGUUCCUCCUCUCAUCCGAGUUGUUCUGCAGGCAUCACAGCCGGGAGAGGUGGAUGCGACCUGCAGUGAUUUUGACUUCGGCACUGCUCUGCACAUCGCUGCCUCGAACCUGUGCACCUCUGCAGUGAAGUGUCUGCUGGAGCUGGGAGCCAACCCCGCUUUUAGGAAUGAUAAGGGCCAGUGUCCGGCUGAUGUUGUUCCAGAGCCUCUAGAGAUGCCUCUGGAAAUAGCUGAUGCCGCAGUCCAGGUUAAAGAGCUGCGCACACUGCUGCAGGAGGUCCUCCCCAGGCCGGACGCUCCUCUCCCUCUCCUGCCUGCCCGACCUCCUGGUCUCCUCUCGGACAAAGCUCGUGCCCAGCUUUCAAGUAUGGGCCUUCACCUAGGAGACAAAGUUGUCAUUGCUGGUCAAAAGGUCGGGACUCUGCGGUUUUGCGGCAGUACCGAGUUUGCUGGUGGUCUUUGGGCUGGGGUGGAGCUUCAGCAACCAGUGGGCAAGAAUGAUGGAUCAGUAGCUGGCGUCCAGUACUUCACCUGCCCAAUUAAACAUGGAAUCUUUGCCCCCCUUUCUAAAGUCAGCAAACUCUCGGAACGACGAAAAAACAGUCCCCGCCAGCCCUCCGCUCCUGUCCCCCACCCUAGACAGAUUGACUUGGCGCGGGUCACGUCCAAGGUCAACACAGGUCUUCUUUCACGCAGUUGUUCCACCUCCUCUUCUUCUUUGGACUCCAGACAAGCUGCCAGACGACCACCAAGACCCCUACCACGGCAACGACCGCCGCUGCGCCCAUGGCAGGAGCGAACUCCUCCGAGCACCAGAUCUACACCUCCCCCCUCCCGUUCCCUCACUGCCACCCCACACUCUGGAAUUGCUCGCAGCAGGACCCCUUCAGCCAGUAGCACAGCAUAUGAGAGCACAGAGGUGCAUUUAGGGGAGCGUGUAUUGGUGGUGGGACAAAGGACAGGGAUUGUCCGGUUUUACGGGAUGACCAGUUUUGCUCCAGGAUUUUGGUUGGGGAUUGAGUUGGACAAGCCGAGCGGAAAGAAUGACGGAUCAGUUGGAGGAGUACGAUACUUCAGCUGUCCUCCUAAACACGGAGUCUUCGCCCCACCCUCACGAGUUCAGAGCAGGAUUCAUGGCUCAGUGGACUGUCUGUCAGAGCUGUCCUCGUCUCGGAUGAACUAUUCCUUCACAGGAAUUCGACGCACUCUCAGCACUUCCUCAGCCAUUGCCACGCAGAGAGAACCAAGUCGCAAAGGUCAAGCAAGCAGGAACCGUUCCAGUAAUUUGCGGCGACGUUGGAGCACAGUCAGCUCUGGCUGGGGUACAUCAAGGGCAAACAGCAGCGCUGGCCCAGGGCCUAACCAAGUGGGUGGCACCACCAGUUCCUCUGGCUCAGAUGGCACUGUCAAACUCCACCUGGGCAUGCAGGUCUUGCUAAUUAGUGCCAAUGAGAUGGGCACCAUCCGCUACAUUGGCACAGCUGACUUUGCCCCUGGCCUCUGGCUCGGACUCGAGCUGCGAAGCCCGAAAGGAAAAAACGAUGGUUCUGUGGGCAUCAGGCGCUACUUCAGCUGCCGACCUGGCCAUGGGGUUCUGGUGCGACCCAGCAGGGUCACGUACCGUGGUAUCAACGGAGCCAAGCUGGUGGAUGAAAGCAGCUGAGGCCGCCACACACUGAAACAUGGGCUUCUCAUCUCUCCACCCAUCUGGCUUUCGGUUCAUUUUGUUUCAAUGGAUUUGUUUUGACAUUUCAGCCAACCUGAGAGACAUUUUCUUCCACUGCACUAAGACUCAGAAGUUUACUGCUGAUAAACUGUUUACUCCAUUUUGUGAACCAACUAAAUAUUAUGUUUGGUAGGAAAUAUUACAUUUUAAUUCUUCAGAGGUUUUAAUUUUACCUGGAGGUUUGAAGUCAGAUGCGUCUGAUAAAGUAAACAGUAGCAAUAUUGGAGCACUUUAAUAAAAGUCUGUGGGCUUGAAUAGCAGGAUUUAAGAAGUUCAGACAAUUUAAUAACUUCAGUAACUGUGAAUAUAUCAGCUUUUUAAAGCCCCUCAAAAGUUAUCUCAGAAUGAAGCAUAGCUUAGUGUGUCGACUCUUGUCAGCAGGUGCGAGUCCCUUCAGAACAUGGCACUUACACGUUCAGAAACUCGUAAUCUUUCAUCUUGAUGCAAGAGCAGUUACGAUGAAAUAAUAAGCACUUUAAUUUGAUCAUAAUCCAAGAUCUAAUCAGCUCAGAGAAUCAAAACUUGAUUGCACUUGAUUGUUCCACAGAUGAUACAGCAGUUGUUGCAGUUGACAGACUUCAUCAGGUUUUUGUUUUGCCUGUAAUAAAGAGGUACUCUUGACUGAGAGAUCCCUAAUUGAAACUUGAGUCAGUUUUAUAAAGUCAGUGAACGAUGAUAAACAGACCAAACAAUUAAGACUAAAUCAAGCCACCGCUAGUAGUUUAAACCCAUAUCAGAAGCAUUGUUGUGGAUAUGUUUUUGUUUCAGAUGUUUUAAGGUCUGUAAUAGCAAAUCAAACAAUUGUUUUGACGAACCAUAAUGAAGCAAUUAGUAUUUUUCAUACUUUGAAGAGCAUUCAUGUUAGAAGUUAGUUAUAUUAGAUAAUAAAAUGCUUAAUGAGAACAGACUGACAUAAUUUUUUUUUUUUCAAAGGCAAUUGUUCCGAUUUUAUUUAAUUGGUUUCAAUUAUUGAUUCGCUUAUAUUUUCCAUUCCAUAAAUUUUUAAUUUCUUUCCAAAUUCUUAAUUAUAUAAUGUCUAGGAUGAGUUUACAGUCAAUAUAAAUGCAAGAAUUACAGAUGAAUGAUUCCUCAAGAAUCAUAUCAUUUUGCACUAAUGAGGAAAUUAAUGAAAAGACACUGUUUAUGAUAUCGGAAAAUCCCGAAAAGUUAUACAUGAGGGUGAAAAAUGUCAACAAGAAAAGUCAAAAAAAAAAUAAGGGUUAUAAAAUUUCCAAUGGAAGUUGGGAAACUAAUUGCACAUUUCAGCCUGUAUCCACAGGAGUGUUUUGUACUGUAUGUACAUUAUCUGCUUAGCUGUGUGUUGGGUGUAUAUUUUGUGUGAAUUCAAAUGUAGUAUUUUAGCAGUAAAUCUGAAUUACUAAAUGUAAUGCACAAAGAAUGUUUGUCAAAUUUGUCAGCUGAUAACAAUAAAAAGUUCUAAUAUUUUAAA